AUGAGUAACCGCAAGAACACGGCUGCCAACUUACUGUUGAGACAGUACCGCGAGCUCACAGACGCCAAGAAAGCCAUCCCGUCCUUUCACAUCGAGCUGGACGACGAUUCCAACAUCUUUCUGUGGAACGUGGGCGUCAUGGUGCUGAACGAAGACUCCAUAUACCACGGGGGGUAUUUCAAAGCACAGAUGCGGUUUCCAGAGGACUUCCCGUUUUCGCCGCCCACUUUCCGGUUCACGCCUGCGAUAUACCAUCCCAACGUUUACCGCGACGGACGGCUGUGUAUCUCGAUUCUGCACACCAGUGGCGAUCCCACGUCUGAGGAGCCCGACUCCGAAACGUGGUCGCCGGUGCAAACCGUCGAGAGCGUGUUGAUAUCGAUAGUAUCGCUGCUGGAGGACCCCAACAUCUCGUCGCCUGCAAACGUGGAUGCGGCCGUGGACUACCGCAAAAACGUUGACCAAUACAAGCAGCGCGUGAAACUGGAAGUGGAGCGUUCCAAACAAGACAUUCCCGAGGGCUUUGUCAUGCCCUCGGCACGCACAGCGUACGUGGCACAGCGGCACUCUGAGCCUGAAGACACGAGAGACCUGGGCGACAACUUUUGGUACGACAGCGACGAAGAGGACGACGACCAAGAUGAGCCCGCGGCUGACAUCUACGGGUACGGCCAUCUCAACAACAACGGCGACGACGAUGACGAUGAAGACGACGAGGACAUACAGUUCGAGGAAGACGACGACGUGAGCAUCGAUAAUGACAGCGUGAUGGACCGCAAACAGCCCAGCAAGGCCGAGGACGAGAGCGAAGAUUUGGAAGACGAGGUGAAGCUUGAGAAGUGA